GCCAGACGCCCUUCUUCCGUGACCUCGCCUCCCCCGUCCUGUCCCACUGCGGCGGCCCCCACUUCGCCUUUCUCGCGGCCGCCCUGCCCUCCGCACGCCGCCGUCGUCGCGGCAUCGCCCCACCCGCCCGGCUGCACCCACCUCUGGAGCAGGUGAGGAUCCUCCCCAUCAUGGUUUCUGCUCGCCGUCGUCGUGGUUUCCCCGAGUGAAAUCCAUCAGUUCCUCGCACGCACGCAGUGGAAUUUGGUGCGAAAUUACAGCGGAAGUGCCACACAUCAUAUCACAUCCCAGCAUCCGCAUCUCCACUCCCCCCGCACCCUCGUCAGAUCCACUGCCACCGCCCGCCUCCCGGCUCCCCCGAGCUCCCCCUCCUCCAGAUCGGGAGGCCAGUAAUGGCGCCGUCGCCUCCGCACCCGCAAGCAGCGCCGCCCCUUUGAGCCGCGCUCCACGCAUCGCGGAGUCUCCGUCUCCAUCGUUGUCACCGCCCCCCCCCACUGCUGCCUCAACCACGCCCCCCACCCACCCGAGGGGGUUCGAUCCGUGCGUGGCUCGAGUGAAAUCCAUGGGCGAGAUUGGAGGAUGUACAGAGGUUCGAUUUGUGCGUGGCUCGGAUGAAAUCGGUGAGCGAGCUUGCAGGUUGGAGCACGGGGGCUUGAUUUGUGCGUGUUUCGGGUGAAAUUCGUGAGCGAGCUUGGAGCACGGCGGUUCGAUUUGGCUGCCUGGUGACUAUGGGUUUGAUCCCCUGGGGCUCGUGAAGCAGCCUAAGGACCUGAAGUGGUAUGUCCAGGCCGAGCUCGUGCACUGCCGGUUCGCCAUGGCAGGGGUUGCCGGCAUCCUCGGAACUGAUUUGAUCCAUGUAUCAGGACUCGGCAACCUACCAGUAUGGUUUGAAGCAGGUGCCCUAAAAUUUGACUUCGCCAGCACCACAACACUCUUCUUUGUCCAACUUCUCUUGAUGGGUUAAUUCGACAUCCAACUAAAACAUUUACUCAGAAUUUGUUCAGUAACUCAGAAGUUUUAAAUGGUGUAGACUUUAAUGACUUGAAACACGGCAUGACUGGCCUGUUUCUGUCAUAAAUCUGAUCCUUGACAGGUUUGUCGAAACCAAGAGGUACAUGGAAUCAUGGAUGCAAACAGUUCUGGGUUGUAUAGUAUAGGCAGUCACAUGAUCCAGAAUCAUGUAUACAUGUCAUGGACCACGGAUCCCAGCCAUGGAUGAGCAGCAACAGUUCAAUGUCAAUAUCAAGGAGGAUUCCCGAGCUGACCAGGAGGACACCCUUCUGCACCUCGUCCACCACACAAGGUUAACACCUGGAGAGGCUCGAGCUAUGAGCAGCAAGCUGUUGCUGCUGCUGCUGGAUGCUCCAGCGGUGAAACCUCCGUCGAUUCCCUCCACGGCCACUACCACUACCCAAGCUACCGCCGCCGACGGAAUCACCACCAUAUCCUCGCUCAGCCAAGACCAGCUCCGUGAGAUCUUCCUCCGACUGCCGAGCCUGCCGGCCCUCGUCCGUGCCACGCUCACUUGCCGCUCGUGGCUCGGCGGUGUCCGCUCCUCCCGCUCCUUCCGCAACCUCUUCCGCACCCUCCACCCGGCGCCCCUCAUCGGGAUCUUCCUUGAUGUCGAUGAAGGCAAUGUCCGCUUAUUCGCCCCCUUCAGCCACUCAGAUCCCAGCGUCAAUCAGGACAUUACACUGGCAGAUUAGCGCAAUUUUUCCUUUUCAUUUUCUUAUUAUUGGAGUGA